CUUGGUCCAUCUUUCUUUUUAAAAAUCUCCUCACUGUUUUCCUCUAUUUCAGUUGAUAAGCCUACACUAGAACACAAGCCAUCCAAGCCCGCAGCGCCAGUGGUCCCGCCCAAAAAGCCGGUCCCCCCUCCUGGGAAAGGCAGGCCGGGGAGCCUCCCACCAAAGAGGCCCGACAAGCCUCUCGCUCCAUCGCCAAAGCACAAUGGAGAGGUGCCUUCCACACGACCAAAAUCAGAGUUUGAGCCAUCGUUGCCCACCAAACCCAAAACCCUGUCUGGGGACUGGGGGGAGAAGUCCUCGGAUGUGGGUAUGUACAGCGUGCGCUUACAGAUUAUCCAAGCCCAUAUUACUGGGGUGAUUUGUUUUACUUGAUUAGGUCAAUUCAUGAUUUUUAACU